AUGGCGCUGUACGUGUGGGGCCACAACAACUCGCAGCAACUCGGCCUGGACGUAGCGGACAAGGAGGUCUUCGAACUGCGCCAAGUGGAAGCUCUACGUAACGAGGUGAUCGUCGGCUUUUCGGCCGGUGAGCGCCACUCGCUGGCCCUCAAUGAAUUCGGUCAAGUAUUUGCCUGGGGCCGCGGCCGCGAGGGCCAAUUGGGUCUGGGCAACGUGGCCGGCGUCGCUAGCGCUGUGUCGCAACCCCGUCGUAUCGGCGGUGCGUUGGCCGGCCAGCUGGUCACUAAGAUCUCGUGCGGCGAAUCGCACUCGCUGGCCCUCACAGUGUCGGGCGACGUGUUCAUGUGGGGCCUCUUGCCUGUGGCCAAGGUGCUAUACGACGAGAACGGAGAGGCCACGGACGCCUCGGACCGGGCCGCAGUCGAGCUGGCCGGUCUGUCCAGCGAGGAGAUGCGGGAGGCCCAACGCGCCCGUUCCCGGGGCGAUCUUCGGCGUCACAUGGACGACACCAUCAUGGCUAGACUCGUUCGGGACUCAAUGCAGGUCUACGAAGACGCCGGGGUCGUUAAUGGGGAGAACGUCAAGGUACAAACGGUUCGAGCGCCGUGCAUGACGCCAAGACUGGCCACCGGCCCGUUGGCCCGACUCGUGGUGACUAAUAUCGCAGCCGGGUUCGCCCACUCGCUGGCCACGACGAACGAGGGUGCAGUGUAUAGCUGUGGCUACAACGACAACGGCCAGCUGGGGCUCGGGUCGAGACGCAACUCGGCCGAGUUCCAGCGCAUCCGGGCGUUGGAAAGCUACUUUAUCGAGCACAUUGCAUGUGGCCAGCAACACUCACUCGCCUGCUCUAGAGUAAUAGACCCAGGUGAGAACUCUCAUGACGACGAUCCUAAGUCCCGGUCUGGAGUCUGCUUCUCGUGGGGUCUCGGCGUGCUGGGCCAAUUGGGCACAGGGAUUAACAAAUCGUGGCUCCCGGAGGAGGUGAAGCUGGCCCGUCCGGCCGUGUCGGUUGCUGCUGGCAGCCAUCACAGCGUGGCCGUCACUGAUGACGGCAAAGUAUACACUUGGGGCCACAGUGAGUACGGCCAACACGGCGCGGGUGAGACGUUCUACGAUCUCCAACACAACGCGCACUACUUCUUCCCUCGCGUGCAGCAAGCACUGGCCGAUGAUCCUCGGAUCAAAGUGGUCAGCGCUUGUUGCAGCUCGCACUCGACAUUCGCUCUAUCACGUGACGGCUCGCUCAUGUCGUGGGGGUGGAACGCGUUUGGCGUGCUGGGCAAUGGCAAAUACCAGCACUCGGUGCAUCCGCAGCGUGUUUUUGGCCUAAAAGACAACGCGGCCGUUGCGGUGGGUGCUGGUUCCAAUCACUGCGCCGUGGCCGUGCGUCCACGAGGAGCUCACUACUCUCUUAGCUACGAUCGAGUGCUCGCUAACGCGGAUUUCGCUGACCUUGUUUUCCUCGUGGGUGGGCCGACAAAGGUAGAACGUAUUAAAGCCCACCGAGUGGUCGUGAGUGCACGCAGCAGCUACAUCAAAGGGCUUCUGCGUGUACUCGACCUCGUGACAGACUCCCAAGCUGGCGGGACGAAGGUGGCCAAGAAGGAAGAAAGGCUCUUCGAAGUGGAUGAGUUCCAGGACGUGGACGCACAGGUGUUCCGUGCAUAUUUGGCGUUCUUGUACACGAACCGUCUUGCUGUUGCCAGCCACAAGCGGAAAGCGCUGGGCCAGUUUGCCAGUCGCGUGUGUUGCGACGCACUCGUCGUCCAAUGCCUGGAUACGUGGCGUAAGGAACGAUUGGCGUCGCUCCCGCCACCUUCAUUUCGACGUGCUGGACACCUGACUGCCACGGGGCCAGCGAGCUCCGAAGCACAGCAGUUUGGAGAGGAUAUGAAGAGGAUGGUUCUCUCCGAGGACGUAGCUGACGUCGUCUUCUUGUGGCCUGUAGAGGAUUCAGAGCCCGAAACGUUCGAGCGACUACCAGCGCAUAAGGCUGUGCUCUCCCAAGUGGAAUAUUUUCGCACGAUGUUCAUGGGCGGGUUUAGUGAAGGCAAGACGGCGCAAGAAGCCACGACCGGGGAAGGAUCGGACGCGUCAUCGAAGCAGACGCACGAAAUCCCCCUCCACUACAUGCACCGUGACGGUGUGUCGCUCGAGGCAUUCAAGGGGCUACUAUUGUGGAUCUACACGGGCUGCUUUGAAUUGCUGAGCGCGAGACUGGAGCCCAGCGACAUGAUGGACUUGUUUGUCGGCGCCAGUCUUCUGGGUCUCACAGUGCUGGCCAAUCGAUGCGAGUUGCAGCUCGUGGAGCUUCUACCCCAGCUGGAUGUCGACUCGCUCCGCGCAUGUGAGGAUUUCGCGGAGCGGCGCGCUGGCACGUUGGUACUUGGCUCCCACGUCAACUCUGUGUACCCCACCCAUUGA